UCAUAGCUUUUUAGGUCCGCUGUCAUUGGCCCAUGCACCGGCGCUUGUUUUGCCGAUAGAUUUACAUGUUCACCGGUAGCGGGAGCGAACAGGAGAGCUCACCGGGGAGUGGUGGAGUACCCACGUAAAUGUUCAGCACAAAGUCAAAUCCAAAAGCCUUGCCUUCCUGGAAUUUUGUCUUGCAUCGAAGUUCCCCCACCCAGUCACUUCUUUUUUGAUCAAACUCCACACGCCACCAUUCCAAGACUUAACUUACUCUCUUCUCCUUGUCGCCGCUCUCUACCACUAAAAGCCUCUAAUUCGCACCAACAUCCGUCUCCCUCACGUCUUCACCACGUGCAACAAACAGAAAAAAUGACUUCAACAUAUCCAACCUACAUCUACAAAAUCCUUCCUUCCGAUGCGGAGCCAUCUAAUCCUCUUCCGGAAGCCCUCCCAGUCUCUGACCUUGAUAAGAGAGAUGGAUUUGUGCACUGUUCUACGUCGAAACAACUCUUAGGGACUUUAAAUGCAUUCUUCUCGUAUGUACGCUUUCUUUCAUUUUUCGAGCAUUAUCUAUUCAUCUUUCUGAUAGUCUCCACUUAUUUCGUCCACUAACACUUUCCAGUCACGAAUCCCACGUCUAUAUUCUCCGCAUCAAGUAUGAGAAAGUAGCUCCAUACAUCAAAUGGGAGAAUGCAGUGGGCAAGCAACCAGAGGAGGUAGGUGGAUGCUGGGAUACGGAGGGAAAGGCGGGGUUCUUUCCUCAUAUCUACAAUGGCUUGAAAGUCGGGAAAGAAGAGGUUGAUGAUGUGGGAGAAUGGAAGAGAGGAGAUGAAGGGUGGUCCGGUGAAGGUUGGUGUUGGGGUGAGGUGGAUCGUCCUGUUUAGUCACGGGGCUGGGAAGGCUAGGAGGUGAAUAGAUGAUGAAUGAGAGAUUGAUAAAGUCUAAAGCGGUGAUACACCCUCCGACUGCGCAUUUACAACAAAGUUCCUUGGGAGGAAAAGAUGCAAGAUUGGGUAUCAAAAAUGAUCGAGUGACCAAGCAUUGGCGAUACUGAUGUUUUUAGCAAUAGUGGACGAAAUACAGGUUAUAUCUAGCAUUUCGAAGCUACUACUUUAUUUUUACACUUGAAU